AUGUUUCUUCUUCAAUUUUUUAUUAAGGCAAAAGUGUACUUCAACGAAGCUGCACCUCCUGCAGAAUUUCGGCUUCCAGAUGGCACCAUAUCUCUCACCACCUUGACUUUCAAGUUGAAUGAAUUGUUGCCUGAUACCGAUAACGAAAACAAGAGAAAGAUCGAGUUUCCUGAAGAUUGGAUUGAUAUUGAUGGAAGGGUGAAAUACAACCUUAUUGAGUUGAAGACCAAUGAAGAUUUAACGGUUAUGUGGAGAUCAUUUCGUUGUAGGCUAACUAAGGGGUUGAUCGAGUUAGAUGCAAAGAUUUCACGAUUUGUCGACGAUAUAAUUAAGAUGUUGAAAUGUCCAAAAUCAUCUGGUAGUGUUUAA